AUGUCGGAUGACGACGUUGCAUCAACUAUUGGUGAUGCUGUCGACGAAUCUGCUACCGACCCCUCCGACUUCAACCUGGAGGCAUUUUUGGGUGAAGUUAUCAACGCCCCCAGGAUUAAUCCUGCCAAGUCGAUCAAGUACGACUUCAACGCUGCGGCUGGUACAGCUUAUGCGUCUGGCCUAGUCAAGCCAAAUCACUACACUUCGCUACGGUUUGAGGAUGCUGACCCGGACUCCGCUCGAUAG